UCUAUAGUUUGGAUUGCAUGCAAUUAAGACAAACAUUGAACAGAGCCAUAUGUUACAUUCAAUUCAAGUUUGGGACCUGGUCUCUCCCUUUCUAAACUUUGGCACAAGGUAUAAUAUUGUCAUCCCUCUGUCUCCUCUCUCUCUCAUGGAGCCUCUUUCUCACUCCAUCCACCAAGGCCUCGUUCCCGAUUUACAGCCACCAUCCGACGGUUUUCACCUUUUGGAAACUGGGCAUCCUGAUACCAGAUAUGGCAGGAGGGUAGAAGCCAACGACCCAACUACUGCAAGAAAAGUUCAGAAAGCUGACAGAGAGAAGCUCAGGAGAGAUCGCUUAAAUGAGCAGUUUCUUGAAUUGGGAAGUGCAUUGGACCCUGACCGCCCAAAGAAUGAUAAAGCAACCAUCCUCACAGAUGCAGUGCAGAUGCUGAAAGACUUAACUGCCGAGGUUAACAGACUAAAAGCUGAAAAUGUAUCUCUUUCAGAAGAAUCGGACGAUCUGAUGCUAGAGAAGAACGAACUCAAAGAUGAGAAGGCAACUUUAAGGUCUGACGUAGAAAGCCUUAGGAUUCAGUAUCAGCAAAGGAUAGCAGUUAUGUUUCCUUGGGCACCCAUGGAUCCAACAGUUGCAAUGGGUCCCACCCCAUACCCUUUCCCAAUGCCCACUCUAGCUACCCCUGAUUCUCAGCGAACCCCAACACAAGGGCAUGCACAAGCUUCUAUGACUCCUUUUAUGCCUGUUCCUUUCCAUCCUUCUAUUCAACCAUUCCCUUUUUUUAGGAGUGUAGACCCCAGUGGUAAUAACCAGUAUUUGUCCCUUACACCCUAUGCUUCAACUGUUAAUGUGCACUCUCAUGUAGAAAGACCCUCAGCACAGUAUCCCUCUCCUGUUCCUCCAUUGCCAGGCUUUGUUUUACAGUUACAGCCUACAAUCUCUGUGCCAGACCCUAGGUCUCUCACACCGAGCAUGCCAGUAGCCAAUCACGAAACUUUGGGAUUUCAACAAGGUAGCAUUGCCACUGAGUUGUCCCCCUGUGAAUCUGCCAAGAAGUGUGAAGAUUUGCAUUCUUCUAUGGGUGCAGAUUUGGAGCUUAGAACUCCAACCUCUUCGUCAAGAGAUUCUACUUGCCAAUCAAAAUGCUCGAGGAGUGAUUCUCAAGAAACAGGAGAGAACCAGGAGUGUUCGAUUAAAACAAAGAAAACAAAGCAAUCUUCUGAUUCCAGUGCCGCUGCCGGAAGCGCUUGUCCAGGAAAGUGUUUGGAUGAUGCACUUUCUGUGAACCUUGGCAACAGUUCUUCUUCCGAAAGUUGUGAUGGCUCCCCAAGCAACAAAGAAUGUGCUGUGCAGACCUGAUUUGUUGUGCGAAUGUAGAACCCGUUUCCUUC